GCUAUUAUGGUUGCAGUGCCAGCUUGCAAUGCUGCCUACUACGAGCGAGCUAAUUAUGGCUGUAGAAACAGGGAGAUGACAGACGCUAUUCGUGAUCAAAUUCUCAAAAUUAUAUUGGUAUGGUGGGGUGAAGCGAAGAAGUACGGUGUUAAUUCACGAAACAUGCACAGAGAUGGGACUGCAACUUGGAGCAAAAGGCCCAAGAUGCCAUUGUCACUUGCCCUAACGAGGUCGAAACAGGGCCAAGUAUUGGACAAAGCUUACAAAGAUACGAGAAUAUUUUGCAGCUACUGGUCUAAGAAAAAGACGUCAUUUUCCAAUGCAUCGGCACAAAUAGAUCAAACCUUACGUCGUUGGUGGGGUGAAGCAAAGAAGUACGGUGUUAAUUCACGAAACGAAUACACCAUUUUGAAUCUAUUUGGAUUCGCUAGUGUGAGCUCAACUAAGCAACAAAUCUAUAGUAUUCAGCAAUAUUCGGGGAUAGAUUCAUCAUACUUCCAGAUGGUCAACUCUGAUACGACAAAAAUAGGUUGUGCUUACAAGAUUUGCCGUAGCAGCGGCACAAAAUUUACUAUCUUAUGCCUCUAUAACGAAAUCGGUUACUAUUCCAAUAUGUCGUUGUGGGAAACCGGACCGGCUUGCGAAGUUGGCGCAGAUUGCACCACCUAUGAGGAGUCCGGAUGUUCCAAUGGUCUCUGCACCAAAGAUCGUGAUAUACCAGACACGAACCACAUAUGUCCGAAGAAUGCUGGAAUGACAGAUAGAAUCAGAAAGAUGUUUUUGAAUCUUCAUAACAAGUACAGAUCGAGUCUUGCACGAGGUCUAGAGCCUGACGGUCUGGGAGGUUAUGCCCCUAAGGCAUCUAACAUGUUUAAGAUGAAAUACGACUGCUCCGUAGAGGCGAAAGCAAUAAAACAUGCAAAUAAGUGCAUUUACGCACAUUCUACGGAGAAAGAACGGACAGGCUUCGGAGAAAACAUAUUUAGAGCUAAUUUUCCUAGCUUUAAUAGAGUUAAAGCCGCUUAUCAGGCCUCUUAUCUAUGGUGGAAAGAGUUGAGAGAUUAUGGUGUUGGUCCCUCUAGUGAAUUUUCUAUAAGUAUAGCUGAUAGGCCUGGAAUGGACAUCAGCCAUUAUGCGCAAAUGGCCUGGGCAACCACAUAUAGGCUUGGAUGCGCGGUCGUAACUUGCCCAGAAUACACUUAUGGCGUUUGUCAAUACGGACCAGCAGAUUAUGGUGUUGGUCCCUCUAGUGAAUUUUCUAUAAGUUUGGCUGAUAGGCCUGGAAUGGACAUCAGCCAUUAUACGCAAGUAGAUAAUUUCUUCUAUUUAUUUCUGCAUAAACGAAUAAGGGAAAUUCAGAUGGCCUGGGCAACCACAUAUAGGCUUGGAUGUGCAGUCGUAACUUGCCCAGAAUACACUUAUGGCGUUUGUCAAUACGGACCAGCGUAA